AUGGAAUCUCAGGAUGGCAUCGAUGUCCGCCCUAUGAGGCUGAAGGUUCUUUACACAUUCGACAGUGAGAACAAAACGAAUUGCCUUGCUAGAUGGCCGCACGUGCUUGACAUUCAGACUGCAUAUCUUGAUGAGACCACUCCAAUUGGAGUGAUCGAGUUAAAAACAUGUAUUCAGGCAAUUGUCUCUGCUAGCCCUGAACUUGUGGCUCAGCUCGGAAAGGAUUACACUGUAUAUGCCUACGACUACUCGGAAUAUGAAACCCCUCUCGUCGGUCAAGGCAUGCUUUCCUGGGUAUUGUCAUCUGCCUCGCCCCCUGAAGCUCAAUCGAAGACUAUGGUCACCGGACGAGUCUGCAAAAACACCCUCGGCCUCUUCUCCAAGGGUGCCGCCCAAGAGACGCUGGAAGUCAAGUUGCGGCUGGUGCCUGUCCCAACUGUUAUGCAGAGUGAGUACCUCGAUAGCAUACAAAAGUUCCGCGAUUUGAGCAAUUUCCGUCCAGGCGACUUGGAUGCACAAUCAUGGACAAACUUUGUCCGUCAAAAUCCUGCCUUGGGAGAGUCCUCGAGGACCCAAAGCCACGCCGGCUCGCCGAUGCACCACUCCGGGAUUGAAAGGUUCCACCAGCUCUUGAGUGAAGGGUCAACGCCACGUGAAUUCUCGAACUUCCCGCCUAACGAAUCUGUCCGCUCUGUCUCGCCUUCACAUUCAUAUGUUCCUAGCAGAGUUUCAACACCUGGCGGUCGAACACCCGCCCAUCAUCAAUCUUACAAGUACAGCAAUCCCCACAGUGAUAUGAUUCGCCCUUCAUCAAGUGCUUCUAUGCGGGACAAUGACUUCCAGAGCCAAGUAUCGUAUCACCAACGCCGAGGCUCUAUGCAAUCCGGAUAUGGCAGUGGCGAGGAAGAGUCUACCGACCCCCAGCCCCGCAAGAGAGCCAAGGUAUACCAAGCAAGCUGGCCCGGAAAGUCAGCUUUGAACAUUGAAAGGCAACCCAGCUCGCUGCGGGUUGCAGCCAGUACCGCGGCCUCGGUUCGGAUCCAUCGCCCAACUCCUGUGAAUCCUGCUAUCGCCGCUGAGCAAUCCUUCGAGGAGCCCGUGCGCCCACCCACUCCUAUGUCUCGUCCAUCCGAUUUCAAUCGCCGAUCUCGACCUACAGGUAGCCUGUUGCGGGAAUCGUCUAUUGCAAGCAUUGCCUCGUGCCCUGCCACAUACAACUCUCCCUAUUGUCAGAGUGACGACAUGCCAGGUACAGACCAGACGUCGCCCGAGGAUACUCGAUACCAGGGUCUCUUUGAGCCGUCCUUUAGCAUGCCGUCAUCCCCUCCCGUCUUCGAUGGCCGCCUACUGAACAGAUCAAGCCCUGUCUUGCCACCCAUCGCUCUGGACACUGACUCUGGCUUCAUGAGUGCCGGACUGGAGGACCUCCUCGACGAUGAGACUACCACGCCCCAAGAUGACCGCAGAAGGGCAGAAUCCCAUGAGAUCACCCAGGAAAAACGCCCUGUCCGAUCUACAGUGCAAGCAAGCUCCCCAGUCAGCACUAUUGGCGCUCACCAAGGAACUUCCCAUGACCCACUCCCCGUCGAUGAGAUUACUACGGAUCAGUCUUUAGUCAGGGUACCAUCUGUGGUGUCCCGUCCUGCCACCUCGACCGGAUCAAGACCCUCUUCAAGUGCCGGCCCACAACGCUUAGCACCUAAACCAUUGCUGCCAGGACCGAUUGCUCCGAUUGCUCCCCAGAACCAGUGUCACCCAUUGAUGCGCGCUGUUCCUGCCAGCGACCCUGUUGUGCCUUCUCGCCCCGUGGACGUGAAAUUCAUGCCUCUCGAAACCAAGAACAACGCCAAGGGAAAGCGUACAAAGCAGGCAAUUAACAUGCAGACACGUUUGGAGCAGGCUAUUGCCAAAGGAGAGGUUCCGCCAUAUUGCGAAAACUGUGGCUCAAUCGAGACCCCUAGCUGGCGUCGAGCAUGGGCAAAAGAAGUCGAGGGAAAUGACAAGCUUGCAGAGGAGAUGAUGCAGCAGCCUCUCAUGUUGUUCUGGGAUGUCUUGGAUCGGAAUUCCGAGGGUGAAGUCCAGAAAUUCUUGAUCUACAAGAAGGAGAACGAGGAUCACUGGAAGCAAAUGACCUACUGCAACCCAUGUGGUUUGUGGCUUCACAAGUUCAAGGAAAUGCGUCCAGAGCAUAAGUGGUCCAAGGGGCCAGCGGCCAAGAAGAGAAAGCGUCCUGCCAGGAUCACCAAUGGCAAGCCUUCCAACUCUUGCCCUGCCACCAGAACUCGGAGUAAGGCCACCCCCAGCAAGCCGGUAGCUUCUUCUCCGGCAGCCACUGAAGCCUCUUCUGUGCCGGCCGAAGGCGAGACUCCUCAAAUGGAUGACGACGAGGGUGCUUCCCCCAACAAGCGCUCCCGAGCAAACAGCACCGAACCGCAACACCCGACUGAGUCAGUUCCCAGCUGGAACAAGCAAGAUGCGAGAGAAGCCAUGCGCCGUGCCAUUCGCUCCAGUCCUGCUAGACGCACCCAGCCCCGUCCCACCUCAUCGGGAGAUAGUACCACUUCGACUCCCAAGCCUUUGAGAAGAUCGCUUUUCCAGAAUGAAGGCCCGCUGAAAGAACUUGAUGCCUCUAUGGUAAACAGCUGUUCCCCUCGUCGCAGCCCGCGCAUUGCGUCGACAAAGGAUGAUAAGGGAGCUCAGAAGGAGAACCACGUCCCCACCCCGGCCAACGAUCUCGAUACUCUCUUCGAGAGUCCUUCCAUCGACUUUGAUCACACUGGAAGCCCGACUCCUCGUCGACGCAACGCGCGAGCCAACGCCUCGAUGGAGAAACGUUCCGCAAUGCCAAUAAACUCUCCAAGUGCCAACCGGCGCAAGGAUUUGAGCUCGGUUAUGACACCAGCCCGGUUGUCGGCUGAGCGCUUGCAGCGUAUCCAAGCAAGCCAUGGUAGCCCUCGCCAGAACAAGUCACCAAAAAAGCAACAGCCCUUCGCCCCUCUGACAACCGACAAAGGCAUCCACUCCGAGGCCUUCGAGUCUCUCGACGGCAUGAUCCUCGAUAUCUUUGAUGACGCAGACCAGCCCAACCACUUCUUCCUCCAGAACGCCAAGUUCGACGGCGACAACUGGGCCGACUGGCUCCCAGAAGAUUACGUCUCUCCCACCGGAUCCUCGGACGGACCCGCCGAGGACCUAAUCAACUCCCUUUUCUCCGACUCCGAAGUCAACAAAGACAACCUCAACUCCGAAUUCCUCCCCUUCAACUUCGACGAGUCUGUUAUCCCUGACUCGGGUUUCUUCAGCUCCGACGCUCUCCAAACCGACCCAAUCCGUCUGGCUCCUAAGACCCAGUCUGCUGGCCAGGACACCAAUGCCCAACAGACAAACCCCUCUGCAUAA